CUAUGACGUUAACUCUCUCCAAUACAUACACAGACUCACAGUACAGCAUAACGUCGCAACCGAGGUUACGUUGGCUAUAUUUCAACCUCACGCUCACGGUGAUAUUUUACCCUGAGGGUGCUCCGGGCAUGCUGUUGGAAAAUUCAUUUAAACUCCGGUGACCCCAUCUAGUUCAAUCGGUCCCGUGUCGGUAUAUCGGCCUACUCGUGAUUCGUUGAAUUAUCUCAUCGGGCAUUUUCCCCCUUAAGUCACCAUCUGGAUUUGUAAAGAGUGUUAAUGCAAGAUGAAGACGUGCGCAUAGCAACUUCUUCGCGAUUAUCGCGUACCUCAGUAAGCAUCGCAGAUCUUGUGUCGGGUUUCAUUCGUCCUUCGGCAACGAUGUGGUGGGAAAAUAUAGAUGACUUAAUCAGCACGUCAGUAUAGGAACUCUAAGGGUGGCGAGGAUCGUGUAUAAAUAUGCGAGGAUGAGCUUGGGAACUAUAGCUUUAUAUCCUCGAAUUGUAUCACCAGUCAAGACAUAGUAUCUAGGUACCAGCUAUCUGAUUAUACCAAUAUCACACUCUAAAAUCUUAAAAAUACCAAUAUCCCCUUUCUCCCUACGCAAUGGCCUCCUCAACUAUGUACGCGGUUGGCGUAACAGAGUACGGCCCCGUAGAGAACUUACACUCGAGAGAAGUUCCCAAGCCAUCGAAGCCAACAGGCCGUCAAAUGAUUGUUCAGGUGAAAGCCAUCUCUGUCAAUCCUAUCGACAUGAAGGUCCGCGCUGGCACUUACGAUGAUGCCCCUGACUAUUACGAGAGAGUCAAAUCACUAACACAAGACUCACCUCACUUCCAUAUCACUGGCUACGACGGUGCCGGGGUCGUCCUCGAGACGGGUCCGGAUGUAAAGUACUUCAAACCUGGCGAAGAGGUCUACUACCUCGGAAACCCUGUCUUCCAAGGCUCCUAUGCCGAGCAGCUGAUCGUGGAUGAGCGACACGCGGGCCACAAGCCAAAGUCUCUUGAUUUUGUCCAGGCCGCAGCGAUGCCGUUAACCUUCGCCACUGCAUACGAGUCUCUCGUCGACCGACUGGAGAUCAAGGUGGGCGAGAAAGCCGGAAUCCUCAUCAUCAACGGCGGCGGCGGCAUGGGAUCGAUCACAUCCCAAGUCGCUCGGCACAUUCUUAAACUGCCUAUCGUCAUCACCACAGCCUCGAGACCCGAGACCAUCGAGUUCUCUAAGAAGAUGGGCGCCACGCACGUGGUUAACCACCGCGGAGACAUCGUGCAGCAGAUCAAGGACCUAAACCUGCCUGCCGAGAUCCCCCUGAAGUACGCGUACAUCACUGGCCGCACGGAGCAGUAUCUGUUCCCGAUCGCGGACAUCCUGGCGCCCUUCGGCAAAGUGGGCAGCAUCGUGCAGGCCAAGUUCGACAUGUACGGGUCGCAGAUGAUGAGCAAGUCGCUGACUUUUGUCUGGUGCUGGGUUGGGACUGGGCCGUACCAUUAUUACUACAACGACAAGCAGGAGAAGCACCACGAUUGGUACGAGAAGCUAGCGACGCUCCUGGAUCAGGGCGUGAUCAGGUGUCAUUUGAACGAGCGCUUGAGGGCCACGGCUGAGGGAAUCAGGCAGGCGCAUAGGAGGCUUGAGGCUGGGAAUGCCGUGGGAAAGAUUGGACUGGGCAUUGAUGAGCCCGGUGAGGGUAAGGCGUUUCAGUAGGUAGGUGGUUUGUGAAGGAGAAUGAGUUUAUUUAUAAGUGGACGGAGUUGAUAUUUUGAUGAUUAGUUGAUGUUUGUAAGUGGUUGAAGAUAGAUUACCUAAUAUCAUGACUUAUGUUUUCGUAUAAAAUUGAUUUUCUCUUCUUAGACAUUCAAAUGUGUUUUAUAUUUAUAUUUUAGGUUGAUAAAAUACAACUGGAGUUUGAUGAAGA